AGAGCAGGCAGCAGCCAGCACGCCGUUCGAAGAUGUCGGGUCAGACGCUGACAGAUCGCAUCGCAGCUGCUCAGUACAGCGUUACGGGAUCGGCCGUAGCCAGAGCCGUCUGCAAAGCCACCACGCACGAAGUGAUGGGGCCCAAGAAAAAGCACCUGGACUACUUGAUCCAAGCAACUAAUGAAACAAACGUGAAUAUCCCUCAGAUGGCCGAUACGCUUUUUGAACGAGCAACAAAUAGUAGCUGGGUGGUUGUAUUCAAAGCCUUAGUCACCACACAUCAUCUAAUGGUCCAUGGCAAUGAGAGAUUUAUUCAGUACCUGGCAUCUAGAAACACAUUGUUCAAUCUCAGCAAUUUUCUGGACAAAAGUGGAUCUCAUGGUUAUGACAUGUCCACCUUCAUAAGGCGUUAUAGUAGAUACUUGAAUGAAAAAGCAUUUUCCUACAGACAAAUGGCAUUUGACUUUGCAAGAGUGAAGAAAGGAGCUGAAGGUGUAAUGAGAACAAUGGCUCCUGAAAAGCUGCUGAAGAGUAUGCCAAUAUUACAGGAACAAAUCGAUGCACUACUUGAAUUUGAUGUUCAUCCAAAUGAACUGACAAAUGGUGUCAUAAAUGCUGCAUUCAUGCUUCUGUUUAAAGAUCUCAUCAAACUUUUUGCUUGCUACAAUGAUGGGGUUAUUAACUUACUAGAGAAAUUUUUUGAAAUGAAAAAGGGACAAUGUAAAGAUGCUCUUGAAAUCUACAAACGAUUUCUAACUCGAAUGACCAGAGUAUCUGAGUUUCUUAAAGUUGCAGAGCAAGUUGGAAUUGACAAAGGUGAUAUCCCUGAUCUUACACAGGCUCCCAGCAGUCUCAUGGAGACCCUUGAGCAACAUCUAAACUCACUGGAAGGAAAGAAACCUGGCAACAAUGAAGGAUCUGGGGCUCCUUCUCCUCUGAGCAAGUCUUCUCCAGCCACAACUGUUACAUCUCCUAGUUCUACUCCAGCAAAAACUAUUGAUACAUCCCCUCCAGUCGAUCUUUUUGCAACUUCCUCUACAGCUGCUCCAGUCAGCUCUUCCAAACCAUCCAGUGAUCUUUUGGAUCUUCAGCCAGAUUUUGCUGGUACUGGGCAGGCAGCUCCAGCACCUGCUCCUGUGGGCGCUGCUGCUGCUGCUGCUGCUGGAGGCACUUCAUGGGGAGACCUCUUGGGAGAGGAUAAUCUGGCUGCACUUUCCGGUGUUACCUCUGAGCCACAGAUUUCAGAUCCAUUUGCCCCAGAGCCUACUGCAGCUACUGCUCCAACUACUGAUACUACAACUACUACGGCUGCUGCUGCCACAGCCACCACUGUCACUGCUGCCACUGCAGACGUGGAUCUCUUUGGAGAUGCCUUUGCAGCUUCUCCUGGGGAAGCCCCUGCAGCAGCUGAAGGGGCAGCAGCACCAGCUACCCCAACCCCUGUAGCAGCAGCUCUUGAUGCAUGUUCAGGAAAUGACCCCUUUGCCCCAUCCGAAGGUAGUGCAGAGGCUGCUCCUGAGCUGGACCUCUUUGCUAUGAAGCCAACAGAGACUGCUGUUCCUGUAGUUACCCCUACAACUAGUGCAGCCACUCCAGUUCCUGCAACAACUCCUUCUCCAGCUGCUGCUGUUGCUGCUGCUGCUACUGCUACUACAGCUACUGCCACUACCACUACUACUGCCACCACUUCUGCUACCGCCACCACCUCCGCUCCUCCUGCUCUAGAUAUAUUUGGUGAUUUAUUUGAGUCUGCUCCUGAUGCACCUGCAGCACCUAAACCAGAUGCUACUCCUAGCAUAGAUCUCUUUGGUACAGAUACGUUUUCAUCUCCACAACCUGCGGCUUCUCCUGUGCCUGAGAGUUCUCUCACUGGUGAUCUUUUAUCUGUGGAUGCAUUUGCAGCCCCCUCUCCUCUACCCACUGCCUCUCCAGCAAAGGUGGAUUCUUCAGGUGUGAUUGACCUAUUUGGUGAUGCUUUUGGAAGUAGUGCUUCUGAACCCCAGCCCACAACCCAGGCUGCUUCUAGUUCCUCAGCUUCUGCAGACCUACUUGCUGGCUUUGGAGGUUCUUUUAUUGCUCCCUCUCCAUCACCAUCCCCAGUCACUCCAGCUCAAACUGGUUUACUACAGCCUAACUUUGAUGCAGCUUUUGGGACAACAGCUCCAACAACUGGCAGUUCGUUUGAUGCAUCAGUGUUUGAUGGCUUAGGUGAUCUUCUUAUGCCAACUAUGGUUCCUUCUGGUCAACCUGUAGCACCUACAGUCACAGCAACAGUCCCUGCUGCAGCAGCAAGCAAAGGCCUUGGAAGUGAUCUUGAUUCAUCUCUUGCAAACUUAGUAGGCAAUCUUGGAAUUUCUGGUUCUACUUCUAAAAAGGGAGACCUUCAGUGGAAUGCUGGAGAGAGAAAGUUAACAGGAGGAGCAAACUGGCAGCCAAAAGUAGCACCUGCAACAUGGUCAACUGGUGGUGUCCCAGGUGGUCCAUUGAAAGGCUGGGCAAUACUGUACAGUGCAGGAGCUGUACCUCCAGCAAGUGCUGUUCCUGCCGCGGGAGGUACUCCACCUGUCCCACAGCCGGGAGCAGCGUUUGGCAUGCCCCCAGCAGGUGCAGGGGUGCCCAUGAUGCCCCAGCAGCCGGUGAUGUACGGGCAGCCCAUGAUGAGGCCCCCGUUUGGAGCCGCCGCUGGCCCUGGCGUACAGCUGCGGUUUUUCUGACUGGAUGCUAAAAACGUGAUUUGGAGUCUACAAAUGGAUGCUCAGAGUUUCUCAGUGAGCCACCAGUACCAAACCCAGUGCUUACUCAGACUUUCUCUUCCUCCUGAAACGUGUAGCACAGCUGUGAAAGUGAACAUUAGGAAUGUGUACUACCUUAGCUGUUAUCCCUACUCUCUCGAAAUUUGUGUACUUGGGUUAUUUGUGUUUUACAAUUUAAACAAUGGAUGUAUGUUUCUGAUGCCUUCUAGUGCUUUUCUGAACCUAUCCCAUGGGGGCAGAUUAUGCAGCUGUUGUUUGGUGAGCCAUUUGGAGCAAUGUCUGUGGUUUUUGAAGGUUUCAAUGUAUAUAACUUUUUGAGGACACCCAAAGUUUCCCUAGGACUCAAUUUCUCCUUUAUCUGUUACAAAACAUAGUGUGAUAAUACCAGAUAGUAAAGAAAAUACUUACAAAAUUGUGCAGAAUACAUUUUUUUUCCAGUCACAGGAAUCUCAAUUGUCGUGAAAAAAAUGUUUUAUUUUUGUGGCACUGUAUAUGUUAAAAUAAUUUAAAGUAAUAUAAAGGAAAACUUCCAUAACAAAUACUUUUUCAAUGAUUUACCAAGAAUGAAAAAUCAUAUCUGAAAGGAUACCAUAUUUAUUGCUGUUUUUAUUUUUAAAUCUAUUUUAAUUAUUUAGGUUUUUGCAUUUAUAAUUGGCAUAUUUAUCAGUUCUUGCUAAAUGCACUGAAAAUAAGUAAAGGGUCAGUUUCUCUCCAUGUAGUUGGGAAAAAAAGCAACCAUGGUUGUGCUGGCAUUAAGGGAUUUCAAAUAUGAGAGCACUUUUUGGUAUAUCUGUAGUCAAAACAUUACAAGUGAUGUUACUCAUCUCUGUUCAGUUCUUCUGUACAUCUCUUAAUUUAGUGCUUACCUGUGUAUGCCUUAGGAUAGUGUUUUCUCAUUGCCCCGAAUGCGCUGUGAGUAGCUUUUGUACUAUUGGUGAUUAGAUUUAAUUCUGAUCCAGAGAUCCAUGCCCUUUACUGUACAUACUGUGUUUCUUUAAUUUUUAUUUGUUCUCAUACUGUUUCUGCUGAUGGCUUGGUGUAAGAUCUUGACUCUUCAAUGAGGUCACUGUUGAUCAGUGUUACAAGUGGCUUGGCAGUUCUCUGUAAAAGCAUAUUGGGUUGGAAAGAUAUUCACCUAAAGUCUUUCAAAUGAACUAUUUAAUCAAUGUAUGGUACCAUUAAAAGUGGUUGUAUCUGAAUUUGCUGUGGGGAUAACAUACACUGUAAUGGGAAAGUUCUAUAAAAAGUUAAUUUCAAAAUGGCUUUUCUUUGUAUUUCAGUUUAAAAAAAUCCCAAACAAACAAAAAAAAAACCCAAAAAACAAAAAACCCCAGUGCAUGUGUGCCCUCUGAGAUGCAAUAAACACCUUGAUCAAAGUAAAUA